UUAAAUGUUCCUGCUUUUACACUGACCUAUACUGCUUGACGCAAACGAGAAUCAUAAACGGAUUUCAGUUAAUAUGUUUUACAAGUUUCUACGUACGUGGAGGCAUUUUAUUACAAUAUUAUUAUAUUAUGUCAUAAAAAUAUAAUAGUGAAAAAAUCGAAAAUAAGACUUAACAUUGUUUAUCUAAUGUAAUGGACAAAUUAGAGAAAACGAAUUAUGAAUUUUUUUAUUAUGAUGUUAUAAGGUUAUAGCAAAAGAAUGAGAUUUAAAUACAUUUUUUUCUUUCAUAAUGAGGAAUAAAUAUUUUGGACAUGGAUAUAAUUAAUAUAGAAGAUGUGGAAACUGGUGUUCGUUCAUCUAAAAAUUCUACUUCAAUACAAUGCAAUUGUAUUCAUUCAAAUUCAAUAUGUUAUAUUGCUGUAACAAUUGCUACUCUGGCUCUUUUGGGUGCAAUCGUUUUUAUCUGCAGAGAUUAUAUUAAAGUGUUACUUUAUUGGAUUGAACAUCAGAAUAUAUGGAUCGUUACUGUAAUAUUCAUUGCAUUGUUCACAGUGGUCUCAUUUCCUAUUGUAAUUGGUUAUUUAUUUCUUAUUAUUGCCAGUGGUUAUCUGUUUGGCAUAUUAAGAGGUAUUGUCAUGGUAGUAUUAUCUGCCAAUUUGGGAAUAGCUAUAGCACAUGUAACUCUUAGUUUGUUAUCAUCUAAAUUACCUAUUGGAACUCUUAUGCAAAAUGAUACUGCAAGAGCAAUACUCAGAGUUAUAUCUGGAUCACAAGCUUUCAAAGUUGUGUUACUUGCAAGAUUAACUCCUAUUCCUUUUGGUCUACAAAAUACAAUUUUUGCGAUAAGUAAUAUGGGUGGCAUUCAAUAUCAUAUAGCUAGUGCAUUAGGAUUAUUGCCUGCUCAGAUCAUCAAUAUUUAUUUGGGCAGUAGUUUAAGAUCUAUGCAAGAUGUUCUUGAAGAUAAAUCAACAGCAGCAACUAGUUAUAUCGUCUUCUGUUUUCAAAUUUUAAUAGGUAUUUCAUUGAUGGUAUAUGUUGUACAAAAAGCACGUAGAGAACUUCAAUUAGCAUUAUUAGAGGCUGAUCUUGCCUCAAUGGCUGAUACUUCUCAUUAUCUUCUUGAUACAUUACCAGAUUCUAAAAUUGUUUUGACAAAUCUAAUUGCCUAAAAAUGGAAAUUUUUUUUUUGAAAAUUAAAAAACUUUUUCAUUGCAUGUUUCAUAUUUAACAAUUUUACUUACUAAAAAAAAAAUAGAAUAUUUAAUAAUUUGAAAAAGUUUAAUUUGUUACAGCAAAUAUAAUUAUACACUCAUUUAUAAUAGAGAUAGCUUAUUUUUUUCCAUAUAAUAUUAUUAUUGAAAGUAAGU